CUCCUUCCGCUUCCGGGUGGCGGGCUGAGUCACUCUAUAGUCUCUUCUUCGCUGCUCGCUGCCCGCACGGUCCCCCUUCCGUGUCAACCACCGGCCGGCCUCUCUCUCUCUUUCUCUCUCUUUCUCUCUCCCUUUCUCGCCGGGAUGCCGCUGGAAAACCUGGAAGAGGAGGGCCUCCCCAAGAACCCCGACCUCCGGAUCGCGCAGCUCCGCUUCCUGCUGAGCCUGCAGCCUCAAUGUCCGGACCCCGCCGUGCGCCAGGAGCUCAUGGCCGCCAUCCGCCAGCACGAUAUGGCCCCAUAUUAUGAAAGCCUCUGCAAAUCCCUUGACUGGCAGGUAGAUACAGAUUUAUUGAAUAAGAUGAAGAAAGCAAAUGAGGAAGAGUUGAAACGCCUGGAUGAUGAAUUGGAAGAUGCAGAGAAGAACCUGGGAGAAAGUGAAAUCCGUGAUGCCAUGAUGGCCAAAGCUGAGUAUCUUUGUCGAAUUGGGGACAAGGAAGCUGCUCUAACUGCCUUUCGGAAGACAUAUGACAAAACUGUUGCUCUAGGACAUCGGCUGGAUAUUGUGUUCUACUUGUUGCGAAUCGGCCUGUUUUAUAUGGACAACGACCUUAUUACACGGAACACUGAAAAGGCCAAAAGUCUUAUAGAAGAAGGAGGAGACUGGGAUCGGCGGAAUCGGCUCAAGGUCUACCAAGGCCUUUACUGUGUGGCCAUUCGGGACUUCAAGCAGGCAGCAGAACUUUUCCUGGAUACAGUGUCAACAUUUACAUCUUACGAACUUAUGGAUUACAAGACCUUUGUAACAUACACAGUUUACGUCAGCAUGAUUGCAUUAGAUAGACCUGACCUAAGAGAGAAGGUUAUUAAAGGAGCUGAGAUUCUGGAAGUGUUGCACAGUUUACCCAAAGUGCGGCAAUAUCUUUUUUCACUCUAUGAAUGUCGGUAUUCCGUUUUCUUCCAGUCUUUGGCCACUGUAGAGCAAGAGAUGAAAAAAGAUUGGCUGUUCGCACCACAUUAUCGUUAUUAUGUUCGGGAAAUGAGAAUCCAUGCCUACAGUCAGCUCCUAGAAUCGUAUCGGUCACUUACACUUGGGUACAUGGCAGAUGCUUUUGGAGUUUGUGUAGAGUUCAUAGAUCAGGAACUUUCAAGAUUUAUUGCUGCUGGGAGACUACAUUGCAAAAUUGACAAAGUCAAUGAAAUAGUAGAAACCAACAGGCCUGACAGCAAAAACUGGCAGUAUCAAGAAACCAUCAAAAAAGGAGAUUUGUUGUUAAACCGAGUGCAGAAGCUUUCUAGAGUAAUUAAUAUGUAAAUUUUAGAAGUAAAACAAAAAGGGAAUGUAUCAUUCAGUCAGAACCAUUCUGGAAAUAAUUAUCACUAUAUUAUAUACCUUGUACUGUAGCUAAGGAAAUGUAACCAUGGUCUAGUUAGGGCUUUUGCAGUCUAUUUCUUUGUGUAAACAAUUGAAUUAUAUGAAUAUUCAUGUUUUUCUGAUCAUUGUCAUUUAUUAAAUGUACAGUGCGGUUGACUGUUUUGUUCCUGAGUUACGAAGUUUAAUUUAAUUUAAAGCUUAGUACUAGUUUUUGUUACCAGAGGCUGAGCUGGUUGUAGCCUUUGCUUUUUGAAUGAGAAUGCAAGUCUCAUCUUUCACAGCUUUUCUUACUAGUCCAACAAGGUGCAAUGGAAAGAGGACCAGCAGGGCACUCGUGUUAUUUGGCAAGUGGGGUACAGCAUUGUGAUUAGUAAUUAUUGUUAUGCUCCAUUAAUUUUUCAGAUAAAGAUACUAAAAUUCGUAGGCCUCAUCUAGGAACAGUCAUUUAUUCAAGUCAACAUUAUGCUAGGUGAUAAAAGGAAAUAAUUUAUCUGUUCUGAAAUAUUUGCUUUAUUGGAUGAGCCCAAAUUGUAACAUGAGAAAGAUUGUUUUUCCUUAGCCAACUUCAUACCAUAUGUAGUCUUAGGUAUGUGCAUUUUUUUAAAGAUCUGGAAUCACAUUUUUCAUUACACUGCCUUUUUUCAGUAAAGAGAAAUCUUUCAUUGCUCCUUUUUGUGUUAAAUACAACCACCAUUAUAUUCCUAAUUCCAUAUUGUUUAUGAACAAAUAAAAAAGCACAACUCUCGUAUCCUUGGUGACACCACUACCCAUUUUUUCCAUUUAUUUUGUACUGGAAUUACAGGUUUGUAAGGCCUUUCCUUAUUGCUCAGGAAUCUUGGAGAAGUGCUUUGGACUUGAACAUUGUAUGACAUUGUGUAAUCAAGUCCUGCUUCUCAUACUCUAGUUAAGUGAGAAGCUGUCAGGAAUUUUCUGUAUCAGUUUUAUUUGCAUUCAAGGAAACAGGCCAAGCACAGAGCUGGGGUUAUUGGCAGACAACUAUAUGACCUUUACAAAUGUAUACACCCUAUUUGCAUAAGAAUAUGUUGGCUACCUUACAGGCGUGCAUCACUAACCAGAAGGGCAUUGAGAUCUCUUGGAUAAGUAACUUUUCAGUCCUGGUGUAUUCUGGUAGGAUCAACCAGCAAAACUCUACAUGGCCAGUAAGUUGACUUAGAACUAGGCAGCAACAUUCAAGCAUCUGAUGAAAUGAUUCGGCAUCCAUUCUUUGGAUUUCUUUGCAAUACCUAGAAAUGUAUAAGGGAAGUCCUUCAUGUCCUGACAUCCCUGCCUGAAGGCAGUAGAUAUAGAUGUCCUAACAAGUCAGUGUGAUACACUUUUGAUACAUGCAUUUCCUCCAUUAUGAUCAGUUUUAUAGGUAAUCCAGAAAAUCUUAACAGGCAUUGGCAGAUGUGAUUCUUGUAGCUUUUGGAUUUUAUCAGUUUGAUCAUUCAGAAGAUUAAGUAGAUACAUGUUAUUUUGGCCAGAGCUGUUCCAGCUUUUUGUGGGGUUUGAACAGCAAUGAUUGUUACUGCCAUACUCAAGAACCUUUGAACUGUUCAGAAUUUGGAUAGAAUUACAUUUCUUUAUGCUAGUGUUUGGGCAGUUUCUAGGAAAAAUGUCCACAUGUUAUGGAGGUUCUUCAAGAGACCAUGUUAAGUGGGUUGAGUCCCAAUAUCAACAGCAGGUGGCAGCAUCACGUAUCAGAGAUUCACAUGUUCACAAGUUGCUUAAAGAAAAAAAGAUCCACUAGCUUCUGAAAAAAUCUCUGGGUUCCUGAAAAUCAUGAUUUUUGAGAUGAUAUUCCUAGUGAUUAUCAAACUAGACAAAUAGUUGAGAUGGAAGAAGGAUCAGAUUUAUACUUCAUAUGGUCUAUCGAAUUAUUUAAAACUAUUCAGUCUUUUUAAUCAAAUAGGGAAAAAAACUUUUUGUUGUUCCCUAUACAUCUAGAAGGAACUGACCAUUAAAAUAAUGCUUUACUUUCCCCUAAAUUGGAUAAAGUCUCCAGGUAGUUUAAGAACUGCAUUAUUGUGACCUAUAGCUAUUUGAAGGCAGGGUAUUUCAGUGUUACAGUGCAUUCGCAAAGGAUCCCACAGCGGCCUUUAGGUGCAAUGUUUUUAUAGAAGAGACGAUGAAGGUAUCUGGACUUCUGUGUAUCCUAAUGAAGUAUUACAAACUUAAUUUCUGUAGAUGUUGCCUUUGGUGAAAUGUUACAGGGAGAGUUUGCCUGUAAUAAAGACAACAUAAUGAGUAACCUUCAGGUUACAUUUGGCCUGA